UGUGAAGCAAUCAUGCCGCGGUUGAAAGCUGCCUCGGUCUCUGACCAGGUCGUCCGCAAGAGAAAGCGAAAAACUCCUAACGAUGAGUCCGCCGCCGAGCCACCGUCCGAGAAUGAGACCUCGUCGAAUGACGUGAGCCAGGUCACUACUACCACAACCAAAGUUCCCACAAAAACGCACGAUGGCGGGAAGAAACCGAAACGAACUCCAAAGAAAGACCAAUCCGGCCGGCCGACGCUCGUACGGCAUAGUUCGUCAUCUAUCGUCGAAUCGUCUAUUCCUUGGCCAGAACACUUCACCAAAUUGGCUCAGGUUCAUCGAGCUUUGAACCUCAUAUACACAUUUUGCUGCACGCGCAAACACUUGGCGACUACCCUGGAUAAUCUGAAGAGCACAGUGCAGGCACAAAUUCAGCGCGAGCUGGUCGUGGAAGAUGUUGCGCAAAUCACUGCUCUGGUCCCGCGGACUAUCAACUUCGCGUACGUGGACGAGGCGAUGCUCCAACUUAACUUGAUGGGCUCGGAAGAUACCAGUAGUGGAAAAAGGGCGCGAGAAUUCGUAAUUGCAGAACCUGAAUUGGACAAACACGAACACAAAGAAGUUUUGCUGUUUGAAUUCAUCGACGGCGAUCUGAAGCGCCAAGUUCAGGACGCGAAGACGGGCGAGCCUACGAAAGCUGUCCAACGACUUCGUAACGAGGAUUUGAAAAUGCCCGUAUAUAGCCAGAAGCAGAUGAUGAAGCUGAUCGAAAAAAGAAAUGUAAAGUUCACGUCGGCCGUCAAUGCUUUUUUAAAUGAGAGCGCGGCGCAGGCAGUGGAUGCUGUGUCCAGAUUAAAGGCCAUUUCCGUAGACUUCAUACCGCAACCGUCGGACAGCAGAUCAUCAACUCCCGGCCCUGAGCGCUCAUUACUCCCAUCAACCAUACCAAGCGAGCGUAAGCUCAUACCCGAAAUUAUCGAAGAUAUAAAAACUCUGGAGUGGUACACUGGUCAGAUUGUUCCGGACGGCCAUCGAGUCUUCGAUCCACAGCCUCCUGUAUACGGAGAGCUCAACUUUCUGAUGACCCAGAGCCUGGUCAAUGCGCUUUACAAUACGCGAAAUAUCGAGCAGUUAUAUGCGCAUCAAGCGGAAGCAAUAAACAACCUCCAUGAUGGCCAUCAUGUUAUUGUUUCCACAUCAACGAGUUCUGGAAAAUCACUCAUCUAUCAAAUUCCCGUUCUCCAUCAACUGGAGCAUGACCUCGAUACGAGAGCCAUGUACAUAUUCCCUACCAAAGCUCUGGCUCAGGAUCAGAAACGCAGUCUGAAAGAAAUGUUGCGGUUCAUGAAUGGCCUGCAGGAGGUACUCGUUGAAACUUUUGACGGCGAUACCCCGAUGGCAGAGCGCAACAAUAUCAGAGAUGAAGCACGAAUCAUCUUCACAAAUCCGGAUAUGCUUCACUUGACGAUUCUUCCACAGGAAGAAGCUUGGCGAACUUUCUUGAUAAACCUAAAAUUUGUCGUGGUAGACGAGCUGCAUGUUUACAAUGGUUUAUUCGGAGCGCACGUGGCGUUAAUAAUGAGGCGAUUGCGCAGAAUAUGCGCUGCUUUAGGGAAUGAAGAUGUGAAAUUUAUAUCCUGCUCCGCGACCGUCGCCAAUCCGGAGGACCAUAUGAAGAAAAUAUUCGGAGUGGAUGAGGUCAAGCUGACAGACUUCGAUGGAUCCCCGUCUGGUAGAAAAGAGUUCCUCUGUUGGAACACCCCAUUUAAAGACCCUGGCGACCCGACUUCUGGUCGCGGUAAUACCCUGGCUGAGUCUGCGAAGAUGUUCAGCCAACUCAUAUUACGAGGAGUGAGGGUCAUUGCUUUUUGCCGGGUAAGAAAACAGUGCGAAGCACUACUACAAGCCAUCAAGACAGAACUGCAAGAACUGGAAAGACCAGAGGUUGUUGGUAGAGUCAUGUCAUAUCGAAGCGGGUACACCCCUCAAGACAGACGACAGAUCGAACGAGAGAUGUUUGAUGGGAAACUUGUGGGCAUUGUUGCUACAAGUGCCUUGGAACUAGGUGUCGAUAUCGGAUCUCUGGAUGCCGUUAUCACUGUUGGAUUCCCAUACACAAUAUCCAAUCUACGUCAACAAAGUGGUCGAGCAGGUCGUCGAAACAAGGACUCGUUAUCGGUACUAAUCGGAGACUGUUUUCCCAGCGACCAAUACUACAUGUCAAACCCAGACGAAAUCUUUACCAAACCCAAUUGUGAAUUACAGGUUGACUUGGAGAAUUUGCUAGUACUGGAGGGUCACAUUCAGUGCGCUGCAUAUGAAAUUCCGAUCAGCAUUGAACCAGACACAACCUACUUCGGCCCACUCCUUGCGCAAAUUGCGAAAGAACGACUUCGACAAGAUAUGAAAGGUUUCUACCAUUGCAACGAGCGUUUUCUACCCCGGCCCUCUACGCAUGUCGCCAUAAGAGACACGGAAGAUACCCACUUCGCCAUCAUCGACAUUACGAACGGAAAAAAUACGGUCCUCGAAGAACUAGAAGCUUCCCGCGCUUUCUAUACCAUCUACGAAGGUGGCAUUUUCCUCCAUCAAGGAAACACAUACCUAGUCAAAGAAUUCAGUCAAGACCGCAUGCUCGCAAAAGUCGAAUUCGUCAAAGUAGACUGGACGACUCAAUCGCGAGACUACACCGACAUCGACCCCGUAGUAACAGAAGCCAUCAGACGUAUCCCUAAUUCCCGCUCAAAAGCCUUUUACGGCCCGAUCAAAAUCCAGCAGGUUGUGUUUGGGUUCUUCAAAGUAGACAAGAAACGCCGAAUUCUAGAUGCCGUGCAGAUCGAUAACCCACCUAUUAUCCUCUUCUCGAAAGGCAUGUGGCUGGAUGUGCCGAAAUCCGCGCUCGAUAUCCUUAUGGAGAAACGACUGAAUAUCGCGGCGGCCAUCCACGGCGCUGAACAUGCGGUGCUGUCGCUGAUGCCAAAUUAUGUCGUCAGUAUGCCGGGCGAUGUGCGUACAGAGUGUAAAGUUGCACUGAAAGAAUUCGCUAAGAAAGAGACAUCGCGGAAACGGCCUGCACGAUUGACUUUCUACGAUGCGAAGGGUGGCGCAUCAGGGUCGGGCAUCAGCACGAAAGCAUUUGAGUUUAUUGAUACGCUCCUUGAGCAGGCGUGUGCACGUCUGCAGGUUUGCCAUUGUCUUGAGGGUUGUUUAGAAUGCUGCUGCGAUGAGCGGUGUAAGCACGCGAAUCAAGUAAUGAGUAAAGCUGGCGCUCUGGUCAUCGUCAUGUGUCUUUUGGGGAAGGAGAAAGAGAUUGAUAUCGAUGCGCUGCCGUUUGGGGACGAGGGAUCAUCACCAGCUGGAAUUGAGACGGUGGUAGAGGCCAAAGAGGUCAGGGUGGUGAGAGGGAGGUGGGUGGAUGGGGUUUGGAUCAAGAAUGAGGAUGAUGAAGAUGAGUUUGCGAGGAGUAUUCAGAUGUUUGGAGCGGAUAGGACGUUCAUUGGGGUACAUGAUUCAAAGUGA